AUGUAUGGGCUGAGAUUGGGCCGGGCCGCUGACCACCCCCCACUGCACUGGCCUGUUAAUAUCAAUAGAAAAAUGUAUGGGCCGUUGUGUCAUCGUUCCCAUCUUGCGCGCGCUCACACACAGACGCACGACCAAAUAUUUUCGUCUGAGAUGGGAGAAAAGGGGAAAAAUCUGGUGUUGCUCGGAGCAGGAGCUCUGCUGGGUUCUACUGCUACAGUUGCUAUCUUCAAGCUUCUAAAGGCCAGGCGGGGUGGAAGAAAAUGUACUGUUGUGGAGACGAAUGAAUUGAACAGUAUGGAGGCUGAAUCGUGCAACCGUACGUUUUUGGAGGAUGUGAACCAUGGACUUGCAGGUCCUGACCUGCUAAUUGAUGAAAUUGUUUCUGAACAAUUAACAAGGAACAUUCAGUUCUUUGGCUUGGAAAACCAGAAAAAAGUGGUUUCUUCGUAUGUUGUGGUAAUUGGUCUUGGGGGAGUUGGAAGCCAUGCCGCAUCUAUGCUUUUGAGGUCUGGUGUUGGCAAGCUUCUACUUGUCGAUUUUGAUCAGGUCUCAGUUUCGUCAUUGAAUAGACAUGCUGUUGCAACCAGAGAGGAUGUUGGUAUCCCGAAAGCCCUGUGUCUGAAGAAGCAUUUCUCUACAAUUUUCCCGGAGUGCCAUGUAGAUGCAAAAGUGUUACUGUAUGAUUCGUCUUCUGAAGAUGAAAUUCUGUCUGGGAACCCUGAUUUUGUCCUAGAUUGCAUUGAUAACAUAGAUACAAAGGUUGCUCUUCUUGCUGCCUGUGUAAGGAGGGGUUUAAAAGUUCUGUCUGCAACAGGAGCUGGGGCAAGGGCUGAUCCAACAAGAAUCCGUGUGGCUGACAUAAGAGAAUCAACCAAUGAUCCACUCUCUCGUUCGGUCAGACACCGUUUGCGGAAAGAUUACGCCAUUGAUGGCGGUAUCCCUGUAGUUUUCUCAUUGGAGAAACCCAAGGCGAAACUGCUUCCUUUCAAAGGCCCAAGUGGAAAAGAAGAAAAUCCUUCGGAUUAUCAAAUUGUUCCAGGUUUUCGAGUUCGAAUCAUUCCAGUCCUUGGAACCAUUCCAGCAAUUUUUGGACAAAUCAUGGCUUCAUAUGUUGUAACUCAACUGGCGGGAAUGCAAGUUCACAUGGAACCAGUUGUUAAUUUUGAUAUGGACCAUUAUCAUGUCCUCCAUCAGCGGCUCAUUGAGCAUGAGGAGUUGCAAUAUGGUACAGCAAUGCAUGUUGAGGUUGAUGUUGAGGAAGUUAUGUAUGUUGCCAAAGAGUUGUGGCACUGCCGAAGUGCGAGAGACCAAUUGCCCAAAGAUGGACGUGGAAUGUGGCGUUCGGUCAAUGAGUUAAUGCUUGUCAGAUGGGACAGCACAAAGCCAGCUUCUGUCUCAAAUCUAAUUCUCCUAAAAUUUGCAGAGGCUGACGAACAUGAAUCAAGGUCACUGGAAGAUAUAAGGGAAAAAGAAGCUGAAUUCUAUGCCAGGGUAACAUCUGUGCUCAGACGAGCGGAACUCGAUUUUGGGUUAUGA